AUGUCAACUCUCAAGACACAGCCAAAGAAUCUUAAACGUGUUGAAAACAGGCGCUCAAGCACUUGCUUCUUCCUUGUCGUACCACCAGAGAUUCGCGUGCGAAUCUACAAGUACACGCUUGCAUCCACUGCGAAGAGUCUUCGACCUCCGCGAAAGGUUACCGUUGGACCGGAUGGACGGCGGCGUUUGACGCGAGCUUUACGCCAUUCUGAUGGCACCAUACUGAAACAAGCAUUCAACGCCGUGCUUCUGCUCAAUCGCCAAAUCCAUGAAGAAGCCAUCCACGUCUUCUACUCCAUCAAUCAUUUCCAAUUCACCGUCGAUCGACCACCAGCAACAUUCUUUGCUCCCCCAGUCCAGAUUCCUGGCCCUGAGCCUCGGCUACUCGAAUCGAGACGCGCAGAUUUGAUUCGACAUAUGAGCCUGAAGAUUCCUGAGUUCAACGAAGGAAAGAUAGGGAUUUUCGACAAAUACAUCUCCUAUUAUGUCAAAUGCAUCCGCAAUCACUGUCCGUUGGUUCGCCAUUUCAGCCUGCACAUUGUCCCGGAGUCGGAUCCCUGGUGGGCGACAGCGCCAGUAAUGACUCGGCCGUUUCGAGAGACACAAGAAGCGCUUCACGACUUCUUGUGUACAUUGACUACAUUUGAAUUGAUCUGCCGAGGCACCACAAGGUGUUGCGAGCAGGUUUUCGAAGCGUAUACCGCUCUGAGGACGACAGAAACAACCGUGUACAGCGACUGCUUAGCGCCAAUGAAAUCGGCACGGUAUGCAUGGCCACAAGUGCAUCUCACAGAAAGCCAAAAGCAAGCAAUCAAAGGGCACAUACGGGCAUUCAAACACAGAGGUGGUGGAGCCGAAGGAGUCGGGAGCAAGGAGGUCAGAGGAUUUACCUUGUUUCUACAAUGCAAACUUUUCGAUCACCUCCUUCUUCUACCCGUCCCACCAAACCUCAAAUCGCCUAAGAUGGGACGCAAAAAGGCCAUGGGAUCAAAACAGGCCGUCAAGAAGGAUAUCAGCAAAAAGGACAUCACGAAAAAUGACGCCACAGAAUGUAAGCCCUGUCGUCUCCUCGGUCUUCCUCUCGAAAUCCGCGUAGAUAUCUACAAGCUCGCCUUGAUAUCCACAGCAAAGUGCCUACGCCAUCCCCGCGAGCUCACGAACAACGCUCGACAAUGCCACCAACCCUUCACCAAAAGUAUCUCCCGCCGCGCUCAUAAGAUUAAACGGGCACCGACCGGCCUUUUACGGGUCAAUCACCAGGUUCAUACUGAGACUCUCGAUCUUUUCUACGCAGUCAACAACUUUCAAUUCAAAAUGCAUCACUUGGAACCUACGUGGCGAGCCGUAUACCCGGACCGUCCUCCUCUGACCACUCUGCUCUCUACGCAGAAAUAUAUGCCGAAAAUCAAACACCUUAGCCUCAAAUAUCCAAAGGUUGAAGAGGAUCUCCUUACAAUUCCCCGUGAAACCAUCGACGACACAUUUAGCUGGUACAUCGACCAGAUCCGCACGAUAUGCCCCGCUCUCGACACCCUCACCCUCCACAUCGUAUGCGUUCACCCAGUGACUCGCCGCGCCAGCGACUUUCGUCAGCUCCCUCAGCCUGCCAACACGGUUGCCGCAAUCAAUCAGAUCCUCCCCUCCCUCAAAGCUUUCGAGAUGGUCUACUUCGGCUACACACAAUCCUAUGAACGCCUGCGUUUCCAGAUCGCCGAUCCCUCUGACUGGAUACCUCGCGUGUACCGCUGCUGCACGCCCAUCGACGCCAAUGCUUGCCAAUGUGACGUGGCACCUUCAGUGGCCUUUUGUCGCAGGCAUUACUUCUGGGAAUGGCCGGGUGUGAGUCUUGGGUUCAGUGAUGACGAUAGGUUCAGUAACAGGAACAAGCAUUUUGAGAGGCAUGGGAAGUAUGAGAAUGCUACUGUUGGGGGCACGACAGCGUUUGUGGAUGCCAACGACAGGGAGUGGGAAGAGAUUAGGGGAUACAUAUUGCAUGGGGGGAGGUGGAACGGAGGUAGGAAGAUGCUGGUCUAG